UACACAAAAGACACAGAGAAAGAGAGACGCAAAAAAAACAAACACUCUCUCACACACAGCUCGAUAAGGCAACAACAACAAGAGACUCAAACAAACCUCAUCUCUUCACAGAUCCAACCGAUACCGAAACCGAAAUCUGCAAUGGGGGUAGAAGUUUCAGAUGUUUGUACGGACAAGGAGCCAGAUUGUAUAACAUUUUAUUCAAAUGGUAUUUCCAAUGAUUCAAAUCAUGAAACUGCUCCCAAUCAUCAUGAUGGUUCAGACACAUAUGAGCAUAUUAAUGAGGCUCCUGAAAUCCAAAGUUCAGAAGAGAGCACUGAAGCAAAGGAAUAUGAAGUGAAGGAAUGUACCACUGAAAAUACUGUUGAGGUAUCUGAACUCCAUCAAAAUGAGAAAUAUGAUGAAGAGGAGAAUGCGGUAAACUCACACUUAAAGGCUUGCCUGCCUAAGGAAAAGGAAAAAUCAGAAACCCAAAAUAAAAAGGACAAUAAUAAGUCACGAGUUUCUAUCAAGCAAGCAUCUAGACCUGUUGCUGCAAAUGUUCGAACAAAACACACUGUUCCACAGCCAUUUGCCCUAGCAACUGAAAAGCGUGCCUCCAUUGGAACUCGUCCUACUGGCAUUCAACCUGAUGCAAGCACUGGUGUGAAUAAAUUGUCUAGUGCAAACAAUGUGCGACAUCCAAAUACCGCAAAGCCCAGUCAGCAAAUAUCUCAUAUGGUAUCAAGGAAGCCACUGCAGCCUGAUAACAAGAAACAUCCUGAUGAAGAAGAUUCUUGUUCUGUUGCUUCCUCCACUGCAGCUUCUACGCAGACAAUUAAGUCCAAGGCAACUGCUUCAUCAGCUCCAACAUUUAGAUGCACUGAACGUGCAGAAAAACGGAAGGAGUUUUAUACAAAAUUAGAGGAGAAACACCAAGCAUUGGAGGCUCAGAAAUCUCAAAGUGAAGCAAGAACAAAGGAAGAGAAAGAGGCAGCUAUUAAACAACUGAGGAAGAGUUUAACGUUUAAGGCAAAUCCAAUGCCAAGCUUCUACCAUGAGGGACCUCCACCAAAGGUUGAACUCAAAAAGCUGCCACCAACUCGUGCAAAAUCACCAAAGCUGGGCCGAAGGAAGAGCUUCGGUGAUGCGGUCAAUUCAUCCCAGGGAGACAAGGUUAAAACAGCAGGUGCUCUGGGAAGUCGUCGAAGUCUUGGUAUUUACAAAGAAGAGAUCACCACCAACGGUUCCACCAUUAUUAAGGAUCAGAGCAACAUCCACAAUGGUAAUGCCAUUUACAAAAUCAAAGAUGAAUCCAACAAAGUGGAAGAGAUAAACGAAUCAAUUGUGACCAAGAUAAAUGGUCAGGGAAAUGUGGACAUUGCUGUCCAGUCUUGAGUUUCUGGUGAGUUUAUAAUUUAUAAGAGGAAAUGGACUUCAUUUUCUCUAGUUUUCUUGUGACUGCUCUCAAAAAUGUGUAAUUUAUUUCCUUCAACUUGCCAAGGACUUGUUGCGGUGCUUUAUUUAAUGUAUGAUGUGUAAAUUCUGUAAGUUAUGUCCAUUUAUAUAUAUAAAGAGUUAUUCCUCA